GAUUGUGAUUAACACUGUACUAAGCAGCCAAUUGGAAAUAAAACUUAAAACAAAUUGCCAGCUGGAAUUACACAAACAACUAUUUAAAGACUAAAAGGAAUAAAAAAAAUUUGCCAGAUGAUCUUGCAGAGAAGGCAAAGGAUCCAAGUUUCUUACUAGUUGUUGACAAUUUCUGCUCUAUCGGAUUUUAUUUUGUGUUGAACCGGACCACUUUUAAAACACUGCAGAUAAAAAAGAUGGAGAUAUCUGAAAUAACUGCAGGUGGUGGCAAUAACCAUAAGCGGGAGGCAAUCUGCAUUUUUGGCACUGGGGACUUUGGCCGAUCUUUGGGUAUGAGGCUGCUCAUGUCAGGGUACCCAGUGAUAUAUGGCAGUCGAAACCCACAGAAUUCCACCCUUGUACCAAGUGGGGCUCAAGUCUGUACCCACGCUGAUGCCCUGAAAAAAUGCAAGUUGAUUUUCCUUGCAGUUCACAGAGAGAACUAUGAUUUCCUCCCAGCUCUGUCCAAUUUACUAGAUGGAAAAAUACUGGUGGAUGUGAGCAACAACCUCAAAAUGAAUCAAUAUCCUGAGUCCAAUGCGCAGUAUCUUUCUCAGCUGGUCCCCAAAGCUAUUGUGGUGAAGGGAUUUAACACAGUUUCAGCCUGGGCCCUUCAGUCAGGCAGCCUGGAUGCCAGCAGUCAGGUCUUCGUCUGUGGCGACGACACUAUAUCCAAACAGCAGGUGAUGGAUGUUGCCAGGAGUCUAGGCCUCACUCCUUUAGACAAGGGAUCUCUUCUAGCAGCUAAAGAAAUAGAGAACUACCCACUACAGCUCUUCCCAAUGUGGAGACUACCACUUAUUAUAGCAUUCAGUCUCACGGUCUUCUUCUUCUUUUAUACUGUGUUGAUUGAUGUGAUCCAUCCAUUUGUUACAAAAAAUAUCGACGUUUCCUACAAAUUGGCAAUUUCAGUUCCUAAUCGUGUCUUCCCAAAUGUCUCUCUCAUUCUGUUUAGCCUGGUUUACCUUCCAGGGGUGAUUGCUGCAUUUCUUCAGCUGUACAGAGGGACCAAGUAUAAGAGGUUCCCUGACUGGCUUGACAGAUGGAUGCUGUGCCGAAAGCAGCUUGGCCUUGUGGCCCUUGCCUAUGCUUUUCUACAUGUUCUCUACACGUACAUCAUACCAACCAGAUACUCGGUGAGGUGGCGCUGGAUGUACUCAAUAAUUCAAGAGUCACAGAAGAACACAACGAUGAAGUUGAGCAAGGUGUUGUCCUGGCGUAUGGACCUGUACUUCGCAUUAGGAAUGCUGGGAUUUAGUCUUUAUGUUCUGCUGGGUAUCACUUCUCUUCCAUCUGUCAGCAAUGCUGUAAAUUGGAGAGAGUUCCGAUUUAUACAGUCCAAGUUGGGCUUUCUGGCCCUCUUGCUGUGUACCGCUCAUUGCGCAGUGUUUGGCUGGGAUCGAUUUCUACAAUCAAAAUGGUACAGAUGGGGGAUUCCACAAGCAUACAUGCUGGGCAUAGUGAUCCCCUGCAUCGUACUGGUUUUAAAACUGAUCCUCAUUACCCCGUGCAUAGACAGAAUGAUCACUAGGAUCAGGCAGGGCUGGGAGAGGAAACCAAAAACCAAGCAGGCUGUAGUGUAGGUUAACAAAGCAUUAAAUUGAAGCAGGUUUGGAACUGCCUUUUGUCUGUUUUGUGACAAGAAGACAAUUGGGCAGAAAUCUUGCCCGUAUCUGUCUCCUGCCAAUAGAAUUCUAUGACUUCCCUUGAAGGCUUUAGUGUGCCUCCCUCUGAAGCAGCAGAAAUAUUACAGUGACAUACUGCAUUUUCCUUCUACUAUGCUUAUUUAGAGGCUGUAAAGGAAGGAAUUUAAGCUUAAUAUCCAUUGCCCCUUGAUUAAGCGAUAUAAGCAGGGCUGACAUAACAAUUAGCACAAUUACUUCUUUUCUUGGCCAGCAUGACCAUGAAAGGUUGGCAAAGGACAUGUGUUCUUUUCUUUAUUAGGCAACACAUGGUCAAUUCGUCCAAAGCUAGCAGCUACUUUGACCUCCCCAUUUGCACUCACUGCGCCUUACUCAGGUGGUUCAAGCCAGGGAAUGCCUGGCUAACCGAUCGAAGACAGGCUAACCACCUCAGAGAUGCUCCAGCUGAUCAGCACAGUAGCUGAAAAAGGUUUUGUUCCUCUUGUUUGUCUUCUUGCCAGUUUUCUCAUGCACAUUAUUUAUUUCUGAGAGGUGAAGGAGAGAUGUAUGGAUCUGGAACCUAAUUCAAAUUCAGUACAAGGUGAGGCUCUAAAGACUCCAGUGUUGCUGAAUUUAAAUUCCCUUAAUCAUAUGAAUUAAGACACAGCCAGAAGCCAGCUUCUAAUCCCACGUUGAAAAGUUUCUGGACUCCAAAAACAUUUUGUGAGAAAUGUUCUCAAAAAUAUAAAUAUCAGAAUAUGCUUCAUAAACAUAUGAGCAGUAGACAAAGGCCCAUAUCAUUCCACGGGCAAUAUAUAGGUAGUUAGGUUUAUUCAUGUGGGAAUAGAGAAGUGUUGUCAUGGUACCAUCAGGGAGAUUUGUCUGAAACACUCAACGGGCAAAUUUUCUGAUCAGUAUGUAAUCUGUAACAUCUGUAGCAAGAAAUGGACUUCUUGCUUUUUUCAUGGGCAGGUAAUUUUCUAGAUAGAGAACUGACAUCCACUCAGAUGCCCUUUUAAAAAUCAGGAGAUUAUCGAAAAGCACAUUAAUAACAUUUGCACCCAGAAGCAUGUACUAAGGACUGUGCAAUUUCCCAUUUUAUAAAAAGGUAGCAGAUUUGCCAAGCUGGUCACUAGGGAACUUGUUGAGCCUGCCAAAAUAAACCCCAUGUCAGGCACAGAACAGAUGCAGAAAAGGUCAUCAUGGAAGACAAGGAAAAAGAUGGUCUAAUGUUGCAGCCGGCAAAUUUCUCAGUGAGACCACCUUUCCUGUCCUGAUAUGAGGAACCCCAUGCUUUUGGAAGGUGAAAAUAAAAAUGAGAGAGUUGUGAUCUAUCUGUAGUGGCCAUUUUGUGCUUCUGGUUACAUGCCAUUUCAAUUUCCCUUCCCAUUCCUACAUUGACGUAUCUGUCCUCAGCCAUCUCCACUUCUAGGGUAAGGCCAAUAAAAGAGUAACACCACUUAUUCGACUUGCAUAACCUACAGCCCAAUGUAUGAACAUUGAAUCUUUCAAUUUCACAGAGCUCACACUUGCUGUGUUCCUUUCCCACCCUCCAUCUUUUUCACUCUCAGUCUGUUCAUCUUUUCUUUCCCUCCACCAUUCUUACCUAGACUUGUUACCCUGCGUUGGUUCCAUCUGCCCAUCAGCCACACAUCUACCCACCUGGGCUUCUUCUCCCUUAUCUAAUUUCACCUAUCAUCUACUAGACUCUGCUUCAACAUUCUCCACUUCCCCUCACCACCUCCUAGCUCCAUCUGCUCAUCAGCCCUCACCCCACCCUAAAUGCACUCCUCCGAUAUACUGUCAUCCCUCUACACUCUCAGUCCUGAUGCAGCAUCUUCACCUGAAAAGCUGACCAUCCCUUUAAGAUUACAGAUGAUCCUUAAUCUACUGAAUUAUUCGGAUAGUCUAUUUUUUUUUUGUUCUGGAGAGUACAGCAUGAGUCUUUACAAGGAAUAAUACAGAAAUGCUACAAUCAGUGACAAGGUUUCAAUUUGUUUACAAGAAUCCUUUUCCCCACAUCGGCAGGUAAUGUUCUUUUAAAGGAAAAUCCUCUCAAUAAAUUGAAGAACAACUUUG